AUGGAAAAACGGACAGACGCUGUGCUGCUACUCUUGUCCAAGGACACCGAAAUGCCACCCACUCAUCAACGACCAAGAGAAGAGAAACCAUUUGCAUUGAUAAAAUUAGAAGUAGAUCUCAAGGUUCCAUUACCGAUAACAAAAGAGGAAUUCGACAAUAUUGUUGUAAUAACAGAUCCAUGUAGAAAUUAUGCAGAAAUGCAUCCAAUUCGAGGACAAACUAGGUAAGUUGCUUGUAACACAAUGAUGGGUUGGAUAUCAAGGCAAGGUUUAUCAAACAAUGUGCACUCCAACAAUGGACUUUGCUUCAUAAGCGAAACAUUUGAACAGUUUUGCAUAACCCAAGGCAUUGUGCACACUUUCAUUCCACCCUAUAGGCCACAAGAAAACGUGGAUGUAGAACGGAUUAAUCGUACGAUGGGGGAAGCACUCACAAAAUUGGAAGAGAAACAUCCCAACCGAUGGUUCCAACACCUACCGGACGUACAACUAGCACACAACACAGCAGUUCACACUAAUACGGGGGUUUCGCCGUACGAACUAGUUUUCAAGGAUCAACUGCGAUCAAAAUUCGAAAUACUAACACUUUAA